AUGGAGCGUUACUUUCUAAAAUACGUGCAUAGGAAGAAAGAGAUCGAGUUUCUAGAGCUAGAACAAAGGAAUUCUAUUGUUGUUGAGUAUGCUGCCAGGUUCGAGGAACUUGUGAAGUUUUGUCCAUAUUAUAAUGGUGUAGCUACAAAGGCUUCUAAAUGCUUUAAGUUUGAGAAUGGGUUGUGUCCUGAGAUCAAGCAGGGCCUUGGUUAUCAACAGAUUUGGUGGUUUCUGGAACUGGUGAACAAAUGCAGGAUUUAUAAUGAAGACAUCAGGGCUUGGUCUUCCCAUUAUAAAAGUAUGAAUGAAAAGACGGGAAAGCAAUUGAAUCGUGGAAAACUAUAUAGUUCUAUAGCUGACAAAGGGAAACAUAAGGUUUCACAGGGUAAAAAUCCAAGUGGGGGAGGGACUCCUGCUUCUAUCAAAUGUUAUAGGUGUGGUGGUGCAGGACAUGAUGUCAAUGAAUGCAAGAGUGAUGAAAAGAUUAAUGUUGAUUUCAAGACUAAUGUGCCAAAUUGUUACAACUGUGGGGAACCUAGUCACAUCAACACCCACUAUCAAAAGCCAAAGAAAGCUCAAUUUGGAGGGAAAGUGUUUGCACAGACAGGAUCUCAGACUACUAGUUCCGAUAGGUUGAUUCGAGGUACAUAUUGUUGA